CAGGAAUAUAAAACCGCAUUUGCCAGUCCUGCUAGUAUAUCACAAAAAGAACCUCCCAAGAAGUUGUUACGGCAAGCUCAAGCCCAAAUUAAUAAAAAAUAUCAGGAAGAAGAACAAAGUGCAAUCUUACCAGAAGAACGUAACUCAGCAAUAUUAAUUCCUGAUAUUGUACCACUAUUGAGGUCAAACAUUAUUUUUAAUCCAAACCGGCAUCGCAUCCAGCAAGCCACCCGUAGACAAUACACUCAGGACAAAAUAUAUUAUAUUGAAAAGGAGUAG